UAGAAUCAUACGAUUUGUAUAGAAAGCUGAUUCAUAUCCAGCUUAUGCUUCUUCACUCGCUAUUAUUAUUCCUCUCUCUUCUUUCUGGAAUUUGGGGUUGAUUUUGGAUCAAAUCUAAGCUCUGAUUGGGAUGGCAUCGGCGGCGUCAGGGAAGGUGGAGAAGGGGCACCAGCUCUACAGGGAGGGCAAGUACAGGGAGGCUCUUCUCUUCUACACCGAGGCUCUCUCGGCGGCUAAGUCCAAGUCCCAGAAGAUCGCUCUUCACAGCAACCGCGCCGCCUGUUAUUUGAAAUUGCACGAUUUCAAACAGGCAGCAGAAGAAUGCACGUGGGUGCUGGAGCUUGAUCAGAAACACAGCGGUGCUUUGAUGCUCAGGGCCCAGACUUUAGUCACUCUUAAAGAUUACCAUUCUGCUCUUUUUGAUGUCACCAGGCUCUUGGACUUGAACCCUGAUUCUGAUGUUUACCAAAACCUCGAGUCUCGCUUGAGGACGCAGUUGUCCCUUGCUCCAAUUCCUGAAUCUGAAGCAGAGUUGGAAGACGAUGAAGAACAAGAAGACACAGCUGAACAGUCAACUAGGAAAGAUGAGAUAUUAGAUAAGAGGUUUGAGUCAUUAGUUUCCAUCACAAGACAUGUAAGAAACAAGGGGGAAGAAGUCUUUGCACCUAAAACACCUGAGGUUAGAGAAGACAAGAGCAAGGACGAUGGGUCAUUCUCCAAUGCAUGGCAAGCCAUCCCUAAGCCCAAGGGUCAUUCCACACUCGAUUAUGCCCGUUGGAAUACAGUUCAAAACCACGACUCCAGCGAAGAUGAUGACAGCGAUGAAGACAGUGACGAGGAGGAUCAGCCUCAGUACAGAUUCCGUGUUAGAACCGUCGGUGUGCGUCCUGUGAAGUGAUAAAAAAAGGUGUAGAUCAUAGGGACGUGGAUGGUUUCUUUCUUUCCUUCACUACCCUGAUAUUGUUGUUGUUGCACACAAGAGCUGUGAAAAGAGAAAAGCCAGCCAUAAGAUAGCAGCAGACUGUUCAUGUCCUGUGAAGUAGUGAUGUGAUGUUAUACAUUUUCGUUAAGAAAACACAUGUAUAAGUCUAGAUGUGAUGUCACAGUAUACAAGAGGACCAUUAUCAAAUGAAAUAUUUCCUUGUUCUUUUGGUCAA